UUGUAGGUAACUCUUGAUCUGGCUAAAGGUGUAUAUGCAAAGUUCAUUGACUGGGAUGAACAAAUGUUCGAUCGGGAAACAUCACAACUAUUAGUGAAGACCUUGGACAGGUUGAGUAUAUUUUGAGUGACGGAACUGGAACACUGACAGAAAACAGAAUGAUUUUCAGAAGAUGUUGCAUGAGUGAUACUCUAUGGAGAAAACAAUGGGGAUGCUUUAAAAGAUGCCAGACUUCUAGAUGCUGUUUCGUGUAACGAUCCUGAUAUUGUCAAAUUUCUCACGGUGAUGGCUCUUUGCAGUACAGUUGUUCCUAUCAAAAGCAAUGGUGGUACUAUAACAUACCAAGCACAAUCACAAGACGAGGAAGCUUUGGUCACUGCUGCAUCAAAACUAAAUACGGUGCUUGUGAGUAAAGACAGCAACACUGCUGAGAUUUCUUUCAACGGUUGUAAGUUCUAUUAUGAUUUGUUGGAUAUUUUGGAGUUUACUUCCGAUCGCAAAAGAAUGUCUGCUGUGGUGAAGGAUGUCCAGAGUGGGAAGAUCCUUCUUCUUUCUAAAGGAGCUGAUGAAGCUAUUCUUCCUCGUUGUCAUCAAGCUGGUGAUGGUAGUUGUUGCUCGAGAUCCCUUAUUCUACUGCUGUCCUGAUCUUGAGGUGCUUAUCAUGAUUUCUGGGAUAGUAUUUUUCACGUUCAAGCAAUAUCUAAUACCUGUAGCAAAUGGGUUGCGGCUUCUCCCUGGUAGAUCAAUGCUCACCUAUCACGCAUUGUAGUAGUAAAAUUGCUUGAGAAAUCGUAUUCAUGAAUUCUCCUUCGAGAAAUCUUGUGUUGCUUCAGGAUGGAUUUUUCAAUUGGUCCUUGUCUAAGAAAAAUAUUUUAUAAUUGGUGGAGUAAUUAAUUGUGGGAAACUGACUAGAGAUAAUCUUUUGCAAGCUAUUUGAGAAGGUGUCAGUGAAAAUACAAUGUUUUGCUUACUGGUGGCCAUUUUACUUGGUUUUUGGUAAGAGAUACCGGUUGACCCUUCCAAUAUCCAGGGCACCACACCAAUUGGUUGAAAAUGGAGGUUUCAAAACCAAUGAAAAUGGAGGUUUCAUUGGGACUCUAGGCUGUCUGUAUAUGUUGGUUUUGUAUGUAUAUGUCGUUCUUAAGUCAAGCACGAAUUAGUGAAUGAUCCUUCGUCCCUAGCCUUGUAUAAAUGUAUAGUAUAUGAAAUGUACAUAUUUUUUUAUUACUGUAGCACAGUCA